AUGGCGCGCAGCAGUAAGCGGCAGGAAUCCUACAAAACUCCGGAUCGGCCGAGUGGUGAAGCCAUGGGUGGUCGGUCCGCGGACGUGGAUUCAGCCACUCAGCGUGAGCAACUACCCUUUUCAGAGGCAACAGUGAUCCAAGAUGGAUUCACUGCGCGCUGA